GUUCGAUGCGGAUCGCAGCAGUCGCGAGUUCCAGUCAAAUUUAUCAAACAGUUAUCAAAUCCAAAUUCUGAAUAGAAGAUGUCCACAUCUCAGGCAGUUGAUGAGGACUCGAGUAACAUGUCAACCAUUUGCUCAUUGGACGCGAGUGCGGCAAAGCUCGGGAAUGGGAAUGGAAAUGGAAACAUGAAUAACAACAAUAGUGCUCGGUCCAGCCGCGUGGGCAGCUCCACGGGCAACAGUACGAGCAUGAGCACGGAUUCGACAUGCUUGGAGGAGCCACGCUUUGGCUGGCGACGAUUCCAGCCGCAAUGGCUGCAACGCUUCUGCACCGCCAAGUGGGCGCUCUUCUGGCUCUGCUGGGGCGGCGCAUUGCAGGGUCUAAUUGUGAAUGGCUUUGUGAACGUGAACAUCUCGACCAUCGAGCGACGAUUUGGCUUGCGUUCGCGUCAGACGGGUCUGGUGGCCAGUGGCUACGAUCUGGCGUCGUUUGUGUGCCUGGUGCCCGUGACGUACUAUGGCGGGCGGAAGGGCGCGUCGAAGCCGUGCUUCAUUGCCAUUGGGCUGCUGCUGAUGGGACUCGGUUCGUUGAUCUUCUCGCUGCCGCACUUUCUGGUCGGCAGCUACCGAGCGACCAUAGCCGAGGCGAAUCUAUGCGAACGGGAUGGCCAAGCGAAUGAGACGAUGGCGGAACUGGAGCUGGGCGAGAGUCUAACUUGGACGGUUUGGCUGUUCUUUGCGGCACAACUUUUGCAUGGCGCCGGCGCCUCGCCGCUCUUUACGCUGGGCGUAACCUAUCUGGAUGAGAACGUAUCCACAAAGAUGUCAUCUGUUUACUUGGGUAUUUACUACACGAUGGCCAUAAUUGGACCUGCAGUUGGCUACGUUCUGGGCGGUCAGUUGCUGCUCAUUUAUACGGAUUUCGUUACCGUGGAUGCAGCCGACUUAAGCCUGACCAGCGACAGCAAGGUGUGGAUUGGCGCCUGGUGGAUUGGCUUUGUGUUCGCAGCUGUGGUAUGUGUGCUCAUUGCUAUACCAAUCUUUGGCUAUCCCAGAGCUCUGCCUGGUGCUGAGCAGCUGCAGCUGGCUAAGGUCUCCGAGGCGUAUACAAAGCAAACGGCUCAGGCCAAUGCGGGUGGGGCGGAGGUGGAGCCCCUGCCACACGCUGUGCUGACGCUGUUCAGGAAUCCCACGUUCUUCUUCCUCAAUUUGGCUGGCGCCACGGAGGGUCUGGUCAUAGCGGGCUUCGCCGCGUUUCUGCCCAAGCAAAUUGAAAAUCAAUUCGGCAUUUCUCCUGUGAUUUCGGCUCUGGUGAUGGGCCUCAUCACAGUGCCCGCUGGCGGGGGUGGCACCUUUCUGGGCGGCUACAUGGUGAAGAAGCUGAACUUGGCCUGUGGCGGCAUCAUCAAGAUGUGCCUGCUGGCCACGCUGGUGGCCACCUUCUUCACCAGCUGCUUUCUGGUCACCUGCCCCAAUGCGGCAUUUGCGGGCGUGACCACGGCCUACGAUGACAAGCAGCUGGGACUACCCCUAACACUGGAAGCGAGCUGCAAUGCCAAUUGCGGCUGCAGUCGCAGCAAUUAUGAUCCCAUUUGCGGUGCCAAUGGCGUCAUGUACUACAGUCCCUGCUUUGCAGGCUGCGGCCAGGAGGAGCAGCAGGACACAUUGAAGAGCUACAGCAACUGCAGCUGCAUCGAUCAAAAUGCCGACGCGACAAAUGUGAUGUGCGAGUCCAGCUGCCAGAGUUUGCCCUACUUUGUGGCUCUGUGCUUUGUGCUGAUGCUCUUCACCUUUCUGGCCACAAUGCCUGCCCUCUCCGCAACGCUGAGAUGCGUGGAGGAUGAGCAGAGGUCGUUUGCCUUGGGUCUGCAAUGGAUCAAGGUGCGCUUGAUGGGCACCAUUCCAGCUCCGCUAAUCUUUGGUGCACUCAUUGACGAGUCCUGCGUGCUCUGGCACGAAUCCUGCGACACGCAAGCAGGCGGCGCCUGUCUGGUCUAUGAUAAUUUCUACAUCAGUCGCUACAUGUGGCUGCUGGCCUUGGUGGGCAAACUCUGCUCCGUGUUGUUCUUUUUGGGCGCCUGGUGGUUCUAUAAGCCGCCCAGCAAGACUUUGAAUGCCAAGAAGGAUACCCAAUCGGAAAUUUAAGCUAAGCAUAACAGAGAAUCGAAAGUAAAAUA